AUGCACUUUAAAAUACCGCCUCCUAAGAUUAAUGAAUUUUCUGUUUUCCUUAAUACAAUAUUUUCUUCUUUUUUAUUUGUUAUUUUCUUCUUUUUCAUUUGUUAUUUUCUUCUUUUUUAUUUAUUUUUUUCAUUUACUUUUUUCUUUAUAAUUUUUCAUAUUUUUUCCUUCAAUUAUUACUUUAUUAGUUUUCUUCUCGCUUUCAUUCAUUUGUUUUCUUUAUUCAAUGAUGUUUUAUUUUUCUCUUUUCUUCCAUUUAUUACUCUUAUUCUUCUUUUUUUUUUCUUAAUUGAUUAUUUUCCUUUUCGCUCAUUUAUUAUUUUUCUUCUAUUUUCUUUCAUUUAUUUCUUCUUCGCAAUUUCCUUCAUUAAUUUCUUUGCUUUUUUUUUAUUUCUUCUCGUUUUAUGUUCUUUUCUUUUUCGUUCAUUUAUUUUCUUUCGUCUUUUGCUUCAUCUUUUCUUUUCCUUCUCAAUUUCCUUCAUUUAUUUUUGUUUCGUUUUCUUUCCUUUUUCGUUCAUUUAUUUCUUUACCCCUUUUCCUUCAUUUCUUAUUUUUCUUCACAAUCAGCGACAUUUAUUAAUCUUUCUAUUCUUAUUUCUUAUGUUCUUCUUCCAUUUUCUUUCAUUUUCUUUUACUUCAUUUCUUUUUUAUUUAUUAUUUUCUUUCCCAGGUCCCUUGAAUUCUUUCUUCAUUUUUUUUUUAUUUCUUUCAUUUAUCCUUUUUGCUUGUUUUUUUCUUUUUUUCUUUCCCUUCAAGAACUUUUUCCGUUUCUUUUCCGCUAGGAGUUUUUUGGGGGGUUUUUUUGCGUUUUAUUACUCUUCUUUCUUUCUUUCUUUCUUUCUUUCUUUUCUUUCUCUUAAUAUUUGCUGA